AUGAACGUCCUCGUCUACGGCGCGCCAGACUCUCCUGCUCUCUCGCUUCUACGUAGCGCCCUGCUACCUCACUACGCUGUACAACCUGUGUCUGCCCAGGCCCUCGCUGGCCAACCCUGGCAUGUCAACUGCGCCCUGCUUGUCGUACCGAGACCAGGGGAGCUGAGUGGAGGGAAGGCAAUUUCCGCCAUCCAGUCCUACGUCCAGAACGGCGGCGCCUUCCUCGGACUCUCCGCCGGCGCCACGCUGUCGCCCACCGCGGCGAGCGGCGUGGACCCCGUGCUGCAGUUUUAUUCAAGGCCGGGGAGGUACCUGCGCUUCGAUAGCGCAGCGCGGCAGGAUGCUAGUGCGGACCCUACCGCCGAUGUCGAAGACCUAGCCGGCAAUGUCGUCCGCGGCGUCCCACUGGACCCAAAUAACACGCUCGCGGGAUUUGCGGGCGAGGCAGGAGUACAGGUAGUGUUGCGGUACGCUGCACCUGCCUCAGCAGACGCUCGCUCCGCACCUUCGGAGGACGCCUGCGCUGCAGCCAUCCAACUCCCCGUUGGCGCGGGGCGAGUCGCCGUGGUUGCGCCUGACCUAGGAAGUCCAUCAAGACCGCCUGCCAUUCCAUCAGCAUCUACACAGUCGUCGUCAUCCGACUCUACCACACCCUCACCCCACGUCUCCCUCCUCCACCCCGUCCUUGCCAGCCUCGGGCUCCGACUCCCAGACUCGCCCGCCGCUAUCACUCUCCCGCGCCCCCAGCCCCAGUUUCUGACCGCGAACCCGGGGACGGCGGGUGUUAUAAGUAGAAUCACGCGCUCGCUGGCGGUCGCGCAGGCCGAAGAACAAGGCAAGGGCGCCGCGCAUUGUAAAGGCGCACCCGCUGAGACGAGCAAAGACGCGGAAGACCAGACUGUGGACACCCUCGCCUCUCAGCUGUCCGUCUGGGAAGACUCGGAGGACACGUUCUACUUCUGGCCGCUCGCGGGCGCGGGGGAUGCGGUGAAUGCGGCGCAGGACAGCCACGGAGCGGAUACGGAGCUCAAGAGUGAUCAAGACAGUCAGGAAAAGAAAGCCUCGCACCGACACAUCGUCCUGUGCCCCGACGGGGCGCUCCCGUCGCGCGAACUGACUCCGAAUUUCGACUUGAAAGCGUAUUAUGAGGCGCUCGAGGUGGCGAGGGGAAGGGCUGGGGGCGACAAUGGUGUAUCCCCGUGGCCCCUCGGCGACGCGCUCAUCUACGGCGAGGCAGUGACCAGCACGCAGACGCUGCUUGAGAGAAACCCCACCUUCCGCUGGGCGCUCCCCCCGCCCAUCGUCUCGCUCGCCUACGCGCAGCUCUCCGGCCGCGGGCGCGGCGGCAACGUCUGGCUCUCGCCCGCGGGGUGCCUGCAGUUCUCGGUGUUGUUAAGGGUGCCAUUAAGUAAGCUCCCCGCCCAGAAACUCGUCUUCGUGCAGUACCUCUUCGCCCUCGCUGUCGCCGAGGCGUGCGAGGAAGAGGGCGUGCUAGGCAGACACGGACGCAAGGUCCGCAUCAAAUGGCCCAACGACGUCUACGCGGAGGUCGGGGACGACGACAGGGGACAGAAGCAGACGAAGAAGAUCGGCGGCAUCCUCGUGAACACGGGCUUCAAUGGGCCGAACGCGGAUGUCAUCAUCGGGAGCGGCCUCAACGUUCUGAACGCGCCCCCGAUCCCGUCGCUGGCGCAGCUGUUGCCGGACUCGAACAUUGCGCCACCUACCCUCGAACGCACCGCGGCGACCAUCCUCGCCCGCUUCGACGUUAUGUGGACCCAGUUCGUCGCUGGAGGCGGGUCGUUCGAGCCCUUCUUGGACCGCUAUUUGGCGAGGUGGCUGCAUUCCGACCAGCUCGUCACGAUCACCACUGUCGACCCGCCGCUGCGAGCUAGAAUCGUCGGCAUCACGGAACACGGGCUACUGAGGGCGAUGCCGGAGAGUGGAGGUGGGAUAGGAGGACGUUAUGGGGCGGGCUCGUCCAGGGGAGGUUCUGAGGGGCAGUUUAUCGACCUGCAGCCGGACGGCAACAGUUUCGACAUCAUGUCCGGGAUGAUCAAGGCGAAGAGGUGA